GUCCAAGUUACGGCCCAGCCCAAGCCGCUAGGGUUAGUUUGGUGGUACAUAAUCACAUUUUCGCCAGCUUCUUUCCACCCUUUCAAGUGGAUCUCCAUCUUUCCAAGUGAUUGCUUGCCGGCGUCUAAUCUUAGGGUUUUCCAACUUCGCUCUUCCAUCAAGAGUUUCAAGAUGUAUACUGCCUUACAAAAGAUUCACAAGGACAAGGAUGCUGAGCCCUCUGAGUUUGAGGAGAAUGUAGCUCAGGUCUUAGUCAAAUGGGCCGUCUUCUCAAUUGGUUCUCUGCCACUGGAAUUAAAUUUUGACUGUGUUGUGCUUAUCAUGACCUUUAUUGUACCACAGGCUUUGUUUGAUCUGGAAAACACCAACCAGGAGAUCAAGAGUGACUUGAAGGACCUAUACAUCAACUCUGCCUCGCAAAUUGAUGUUUCCGGAGGCAAGAAAGCUGUUGUGAUUCAUGUGCCUUACCGUCUGAGGAAAUCUUUCCGCAAGAUUCAGCCUAGGCUCGUGAGAGAGCUUGAGAAGAAGUUCAGUGGGAAGGAAGUGGUCCUUAUUGCUACCAGGAGGAUUGUUCGCCCGCCAAAGAAGGGGUCUGCUGUCCAAAGGCCAAGAACGCGAACUCUCACUGCUGUGCAUGAUGCCAUGCUCGAGGACAUUGUUUAUCCGGCUGAGAUUGUAGGAAAACGUGUCAGAUACAGACUUGAUGGAUCAAAGAUCAUGAAGAUCUUCUUGGACCCCAAGGCAAAGAACGACACCGAGAGUAAGCUGGAGACAUUUGCUGGGGUUUACAGGAAGCUUUCGGGGAAAGAUGUUGUGUUUGAAUUUCCUACAAACGAGGCAUGAAGACAAAGUUGUGUGUUUCUAGAUUUAUUUUUCACUUUUCAGUAUAUUUAAUUGAAAGACAAUCUGUAGUAUGAGAUGAGAAAACUUGACAGUCAAGUUUUGAUGAAGAGAUCUUAUUUGCAUGUUUGGAAAGAUUGUUGUUUUCUUCAAAAAUUGUCCAACAGAAUUUUUUCUGAUACAUUGUUACUUCUCUCUAGAUAAAUUUUUGUUAGUAAGAUUAUGUUUAAACGAUUUGGCUCCUGUAUGUAUAUCUCCUUAAUUUUAAAUUUGUCCAAAACCCCAUUCUGUUUGGGUCAGUGUUUAAUCACCCGAUACUACCAGUAUCCAAUAAUACAAAAUUAUGGACAUUUAUCCGAAAUGAACAUAUACUCG